CACUAAAUUCGUAUUUUUUAUUUUGAAAAUUCACUAUUACUAUUCAGUAAAAAGCUUUUUUAUGUGUACAGGACGUCCACUAUCCCUUAACCGGGUUAACCUUUUGUUAUUUAAGUUUUAAUACACAUAAAAACAAUUAAAAUCAAAUUUAUGUCUUUUAAUGAUUGUAAAUGUGACUUGGAAAUUAGGUAAAAACAAAGUCUAUCAAGAUGUUUGGAUAUCGUUUCCAUUUUGUGCGCAGGUUCUUCAGAAGAUUCAUGACACCAAUAACUGUUGAAGAAGCUGAAGCUAAAAAAGCUUUUCUCGCAAAGGGAUACUUCUUUAUAAGUUUAGUGGCGUUUACUUCUGUACUAUAUCAAGUAAAGAAAGGCCGCCUUGAUUGGGUAGCAUCCGAAGGAUUAGUUCCAGACGAUGAAUUAAAACUCUCACCUGGUAUGUUCACCAUACUAUCAUUGAUAGUGUAUUAUCAUGGAAAUAAUUUUUUUUUUUUUUUUAUAGCUUUUCAGUAUGCUAGAAUGCUAGGUGUUGAUAAAGCUACUGUCAUCAGAAUGAAAGGUGUAAAUGUUUUGGGUUCUAAAGAUUAUGAUAAGGAAUCAUUUGAUCCAACUCAACAUGUACUUGAAGAAGAAAAUGCUCCUCUUGAUCCUGAAAGAAAAUUUUUACAACUAUAAUGUGUAAUAAAAACUAAGUCUAGUCUACAAAAUUAUUGAAAUUUAUACAAAAAUAAAUACGGUUUAUUUACUUAGAUUA